AAAUACGAUAUGUCACAGUGUCGCCACAAAAUGAAUACAUAUUGGGAAAAACAUUCUCAAAAUGGCGAUGUCACUGAGAUGCUGUUAGAUUCAAAAGGUGCUGAAAUAAGUGAUAUUGAGAUAAAAGAAAUUAUGAAUUAUUUGCCUGAUUAUAAGGAAAAAGAUGUUCUUGAACUUGGAGCUGGAAUCGGGCGAUACACGACAAAAUUGGCAGAAAAAGCAAAAUCUGUCAUUGCUGUCGACUUCAUGAAGAAUUUUAUCGACAAAAAUAAGGAAACAAACGGUCAUAACAAGAAUAUUCAAUUUGUGUGCAAAAAUGUUCUUGAGCUAGAGUUAGAAACUAACAGCUUGGAUUUGAUAUUUUCCAACUGGUUAUUGAUGUAUCUUGAUGACCAUGAAGUCAGCAUACUUUUCCAUAACAUGUUAAAAUGGCUGAAGCCUACUGGACGUUUAUUUUACCGUGAAUCUUGCUAUAAACAGUCAGAUGUCGCUGAGCCAUCUAAUACGUCAUAA